UGAUGUCCUGCUACACACACUGUCCAGGCGGUGGCGGUAAGACGCCUCUAAGAUGGUCUAACAACCGCCAAUAAUCGCGUAGAAGAAGAGGUUCAACGUGUAUCAGCUGAGCUGGCUGAUAACUCUUCCAUAGUACGUGAAUUAAAGCAUAACCACAGAAUAUUGGGAUGGAGAAUGAUACUCUCGUCUCUCUUGAAGAUUUAGGGUACCAGGGCCCUCUGUUGGAGGAUGGAGCUCUGGAUGGUGCAGUGAGCAGCGGAGCAGCUUCCCCUGAGUUCACUAAGCUCUGUUCCUGGAUCACCUCAGAGCUGAGACUCUACUGCCAGCUGGAGGAGAAUGUCCACGCCACGAACUGUCCGAGCGAGGCCGAUGCCUUCCAGCUGGAGAUGAGCGGCCUGCUGUCGGAGCUCGCCUGUCCUUACCCUGUCCUCACCAGCGGAGACAUCACCCAGAGGUUCCUGAACAGCACCGACUGCCUGCUGCUCCUCACCUUCCUGGUGUCUGAGCUGGAGGCGUCGAGGAUGAUCCUGGUUAAUAAGCCUGAAAAGAAAACCCAGGAGUCGGGCAGCCCCAUGUUCCAGGAGCUGAAGGGCAUCUGCAUGGCCCUGGGCAUGUCCAAGCCUCCAGCAAACAUCACCAUGUUCCAGUUCUUCAGCGGCAUAGAGAAGAAGCUGAAAGAAGCCAUGUGUAAAGUCCCACCACAUCACGUAGGAGAGCCUCUGAUGAAGAAGGCCCUUGGACCUGUGCACGUGGAAAAAAUUGAAGCUAUCAACCAGGCACUUGUGAACGAGUAUGAAAUGAGGAGGAAAAUGUUGUUGAAGCGUCUCGAUGUGACCGUGCAGUCCUUCGGCUGGUCUGGCCGAGCCAAGACGCAUGCUGAGAAGUUGGCCAGUGUUUACCAACCGCUGCGUUCUGUUCUCAGCACCAAAUCUAACAUCUCUGUGGCUCACCUCCUCGCCGCUCGACAAGACUUCUCAGUGAUCCUGCGCACGAGCAGCGGCAGGAUCCGGGAGAAGACAGCGUGUGCCAUUAAUAAGGUUCUAAUGGGCCGAGUUCCAGACAGGGGGGGCCGCCCCUGUGAGAUCGAGGCUCCUCCCCCAGAGAUGCCCUCCUGGCAGAAGCGUCAGGAUGCCCCCCAAGGCGGAGGACACUACGGUGGGAGUGGGCACGGAGGCGGAAGGGGGGGCUACGACAACUACUCCCAAGGUGGCCGUGGAGGAUAUGAGAGAGGAGGAGGUAGAGGAGGAGGUGGCAGAGGGGGAAAGGUGCAGGGAGGCUGGGGAGAAGGAGGUGGAGGAGGGAGAGGCUCCUACAACCAGGGCCACUAUCAAGAUGGAGGAGGUCAUCAGGGGGGAGGAGGGAGAGGGGGCUACGGAGGAGGGAACAACCAAGCAGGCUUUCAGGACUCCGCUUACCACGGAGGAGGUGGUCACCAUGAAAAUUACCAACAGGAGAGAGGCGCGGGUCGAGGAGGUCGCGGGGGCAGGGGAAGAGGAGGCCGAGGAGGAGCAGGAGGAGGAGGAGGAGGAGGAGGAGGAGGACAAGGUGGAGGGUGGGGAGGGAGAGGGGGGCAGAAUUUGAAUCAAGGAGGACAGUUUGAACAGUUCUUCCAACACGGCGGGCAGCACUACAACCAAGCUGGCUUUAAUCAAGGCCGACAAUACACCAGUUGAAGAAGAGUCGGGGGGCAUCAAAGCAGAGUCCACUCAGAGAUUCACUCGUCGUCAUGUGAACAGAUUUAAAAAUGCCUUAUGAUCAGAUUUAGAAUUUUCAGCAUGGGUAAAAGUUAAUGGAGAUGUUAAUUGAGGACCCUGAGACACACAGACAACACACACUCAGCAGUUUGAGGUUAUUGUUUUACUACAGAGAGCACUUCUAAAGUAGGUUUUUAUUUUCAUGCUGGUGUGUAAUGUUUUCUCUGCCGCCUCAAUGCAAGUAUUCAACAGUUGUGCUAUAAAUGGCUAUUCGAUUAUUUGGACUCUGCUGUUUUGACCUCACACUGAUACUAAUUUAGCCUUACAUUGGACAUGUUUUUUGAAAGACAGGGAAGGGUCCUGAGAUUUCAGUGUUACUGUGUAUCUGACAUGAGAAGUGCACUCUUCAAAUCCUUAAUAUAUUAAUUGAAUUUGACGAUUACUUGAAAACGGCUUCACCUUUCCAGUCUUCCUUGAUUUGACUGGAAUCUCCUUUGUUACUUAUUUAAAGAUGUCAUCUUGUUCUGCUCAUGGAAGAUUGUGUGCAUACAAAUAUGGAUGUUGGAGGGUUUGCAUGGGUGUGUGAAUGAGCAAUAAAAUCUGAAAUGAGAA